AUGCCUUCCCCAGCGGAGACAUCCAAGAUAGCUGCUCGACGGUUGCAUGCCACAGCCCAGCAGUUGAAGCCCUCCGCAGCUCUUGCAACCAAUGCCGAAAACUACCCUACUUCACACGAGAAGAUCCAGAGCGUGCAAGAUACCCCAUACUUCAUCGACAAUGAGUUUGUCAAGUCGGAAGCUACACAAUUUAUCGAUUUACACGACCCCGCAACCAACAACCUCGUAACAAGGGUGCCGCAGAGUACAGAUGCGGAGCUGAAGGCUGCUGUAGAGAGUGCUCAGAAAGCUUUCCCAGAAUGGAAGGCUACCAGUGUGAUGGCAAGACAGCAAAUCAUGUUCAAGUUCACCCAGUUGGUCAGGGAGAAUUGGGAUAGAUUGGCCGCAAGUAUCACUCUAGAGCAGGGCAAAACAUUCGCUGAUGCGAAGGGUGAUGUGCUCCGUGGUUUACAAGUUGCCGAAGGAGCUUGCAAUAUUCCUCAACAGAUGGUGGGAGAAGUCCUGGAAGUCGCCAAGGAUAUGGAAACUAGAAGCUAUCGAGAGCCAUUGGGUGUCGUAGCUGCUAUUUGCCCUUUCAACUUCCCUGCUAUGAUUCCUCUGUGGUCCAUUCCAAUUGCCACCGCUACUGGGAACUGUCUUAUUCUAAAGCCAUCAGAGCGGGACCCUGGUGCGGCAAUGAUCCUGGCUGAGCUUGCUCAGAAGGCUGGAAUGCCUCCAGGAGUUCUCAACAUUAUUCACGGCUCGGCCAAGACUGUGGACUUCAUUAUUGAUGCACCAGAAAUCAAGGCAAUAAGUUUCGUCGGAAGUAACCGUGCUGGAGAGUACAUCUUUGCUCGCGGAUCAGCUAAUGGCAAGCGUGUCCAAGCCAACUUGGGUGCCAAGAAUCACGCUGCUAUCCUUCCAGAUGCCAACAAGCAACAUGCUCUGAACUCUAUUGUUGGUGCUGCCUUCGGUGCCGCUGGUCAGCGAUGUAUGGCUCUAAGUACCUUGGUGAUGGUUGGAGAGACUAAGGAAUGGCUUUCAGAAUUGGCUGAGACUGCCAAGGCCCUCAAAGUUGAUGGAGGCUUUGAGAAGGGCGCGGAUUUAGGGCCAGUCAUCUCACCUCAGAGCAAGGAGAGAAUUGAACAUCUUAUUGCAAGUGCCGAGGAGGAGGGUGCGACUAUCUUGUUGGAUGGUCGUGGAUUUAAGCCUGAGAAGUACCCCAACGGAAACUGGGUUGGCCCAACCAUCAUCACAAACGUUAAGCCGCACAUGAAGUGCUAUACCGAGGAGAUUUUCGGUCCUGUUCUGGUCUGUUUGAACGUUGACUCUCUGGACAGCGCGGUCGAUCUCAUUAAUGCCAACGAGUAUGGAAACGGUGUGGCCAUCUUUACCAAAUCUGGAGCCACUGCGGCAGCCUUCCAGAAAAACAUCGAGGCAGGACAGGUCGGAAUCAACGUGCCAAUACCCGUCCCUCUUCCCAUGUUUUCGUUCACAGGAAACAAGAAGAGUAUCGCUGGUGGCGGAGCAAGUUACUUCUAUGGCAAACCCGGAUUGCAAUUCUACACCCAACUAAAGACAGUAACAAGCUUGUGGAAAAGCGAGGAUGCGAUCUCGAAGGCAGCAGAUGUUUCCAUGCCUACUCAUAGCUGA